AGGAAGUGUGCAUGUCUUUUGUAGCUAAUCUCUUAUUAUCUAAGCUUUUUGGGCUUUCUAAGCAUGUUGGUUUUCGCUCUUUGGCGCUGCGUUACUUCAAUUUCGGCAAUGCCGGAAGUCUGAAAGGUGAAAGCGCACGAUUUUCGGUCGAGGGCAAACUUGUUGGGGUUCUUGCAUUUCUUGGUUUCAACAUGGGAGCCAAAACUGUUGUUUCUGACGAUGACGAAGAGUAUGAUGAAGACAAUAUCAGGGAUGCCUUUGAUAUAGAGGCAGCUGAAGAAGGGGGUGAAGAGGGUGAAGAAGAGGGGCAGGAUGAUUAUGAAAAAGAUGGUUUCAUUGUUGAUGAUGUUGAAGAAGAGGUUGGAGAAGGUAGUGGUGAAGAAAAUAAGGCAAGAGAAAAGAAGAAAAAGAAAAGGGAGGCAGAAGGGAAUUAUGAACUUGAUGAAGAUGACUAUGAAUUGCUACAGGAAGCCAAUGUUACUGGCUUUCACUGGUCUAAGCCUGCUAGCAAGCAAUUUAAGCGUCUUAAGAAGGCUGGGAAGAACAAUGACAUAGGGGCAAAAACAAGCUUUUUUGCUGACAAUGAGAUGGAGGAUGGAAUGCUCCCAGAAGAGCUUGUCGCAGAGGAAGACCAACUUGAAGAAGAGGACAUGGAGGAAGAAGAUGAGAUGGCAGAUUUUAUAGUUGAUGAUGAUGAAGUGGAUGAAAACGAUUUACCUGCAAGGAGUAGGAGAUCGAAAAAGAGAGUGGCCAAGCAAGCUCGAGGCAUUUCAUCUUCAGAUUCGAAGAAAGCACGAGACACAUUUGGUGGCAAGGACAAACUUUUGACUUGUCGAAAGCAAGGGUUGAAAGGAAAAGGCUUGGAUGAGGGGCUGGUUGAUGAUCUAAGCUCAAAAAGAUUAGAGGAUGAGUUUGAGCCAAGUGUUUUAGCCGAAAAGUAUAUGACAGGAAGGGAUGAUCAAAUACGAGAAACAGAUUUGCCAGAGCGCUUUCAAUUGUCUGAAGAGAUAAAAGGCCCAUAUCCACAGAACGAGGAUGCGUUACCUGAGGCAAAGUGGAUAUAUGAGCGAGUAUUUGGUUCACUGGCCGUACCGAUGAGGAAGGAAUUCCAGCACAUUAUAACUCUGGACAAGGAAGAAGUUGUAAAGGAAAUUUCUAAUGUAUUGCAGAUGUGUCAUGACCAAAAAUUGGAAGUUCCUUUCAUUGCUAUGUAUCGGAAGGAGAUGUGCCUCAAUUUACUUAAGGAUCAAGAGGAUGACUGUAUAGAAUCUGCCGAUAAUGACUCAAGGGGUAAAUUGAGAAUAUACAAGGCACUUUGGGCAAUAGAUAUCUGGGAUAGAAAGUGGAUUUUACUUCAAAGAAGGAAAAAUGCUCUCAAAGCAGCUUAUGAGAAGCGUGCUGCUGAAGAAGCAAGUAGAGAUCCUAUCAAAUUGAUGCUGUUAGAUUCAAUUUUGCAGUCGCUUGAUGAUGCAGAGUCUGAACGAACUGUUGAUGAUAUAGAUGCAAAAUUUAACUUGCAUUUUCCUCCUGAUGAGGUUGAGGUAGAACAAGGUCAGUUCAAAAGACCAAGCCAGAAAUCUAUGUACAGCAUUUGUCGUAAGUCUGGAUUGGGAUUUGUAACAAAAAAGUUUGGCCUAACUCCCGAGCAACUCGGCAAAAAUCUAUUGCUUAUUUAUAAGAGGCAUGAAGUUGAAGACGCUAGUGUUACACCUGAUGAUGUUGCAGCUGAAUUCUCCGGUGGAGAAUUUAGAGACCCCCAAUCAGUCCUUAAAGGUGCCAGGCACAUGAUGGCAGUUGAGAUAAGUUGUGAGCCAGCUGUUAAGGAAUUUGUCCGCCAUAUCUAUAUGGAGCAGGCAGUUUUAACUACACGGCCCACAGCUGAUGGCAACAAUAUGAUUGAUGACUUCCAUCAGUAUGCUGGGGUGAAAUGGUUAUGUAAAAAGCCUAUAAAAAAGUUUGAUAAUGCACAAUGGCUUCUCAUUCAGAAAGCUGAAGCAGAGAAACUUCUUCAAGUUAACAUUUCUCUGUCAAAAGAUGCAUUAGAGAAAACUUUAAUGCCUGAAUUUGAAAAUUACUACCUUAGUCAUAGGGUGACCCAAACUGCUCAGUUAUGGAAUGAGCAGCGCAAAUUAAUACUGAAGGAUACCCUUUGCAACUACAUUCUACCUAGUAUGGAGAAGGAAGUUCGAAUGGUAUUAUCUACAAGAGCGAAAAGUUGUCUGGUUGAGGAUUAUAAGAUGCAGCUCUGGAAGAAAGUGUCAUUUGCUCCUUAUCAGCAUAGUAAAUAUGAUAACAAGGAGUGUUCUGAAGAAAAUGCUGGAACACGUGUAAUGGCCUGCUGCCACGGGUCUGGUAAAGAUCCUACAACAUUUGUGAUGCUCGAUGCUUCAGGCGAAGUGUUGGAUAUUCUUUUUACAUCAUAUUUAAAUGUCCGGUCAAAGAAUCCAGGGGUGCAAAAACGAAAGGAAAAUGACUGGCAGCGGCUUUCAAAGUUUAUAAUGAAUCAACGGCCUCAUGUUGUUGUUUUGGGAGCCUCAAGUUUACGUUGUAAAUACUUGAAGGAUGAUAUUGAGGCUAGGUUGAAGAUGGCGAAUGAUCAUCCAGAUGACCCAGCAGAGGGACUGGAUUCAUUAGAUGUUGUUUAUGCAGAUGAAAUUCUUCCUCGCCUUUAUGAAAUGUCUCGCAUCUCCCAGGAUCAGCUACCAGCACAGAGAGGUAUUGUGCGGCGCGCCGUGGCUCUUGGUCGGUAUUUGCAAAAUCCAUUGGCCAUGGUUGCAACAUUAUGUGGUCCUGGCAGAGAGAUAUUAUCAUUGAAGCUUCAUUCACUAGAACAUUUUCUUACUACAGAUGAUAGAUAUGAGGGUGCUGAGCAGGUAAUGAUCACAGUAACGAACCAAGUUGGCAUUGACAUAAAUCUGGCAGCAUCACAUGAAUGGAUGUUUGCCCCGUUGCAAUUUAUUGCCGGCCUUGGACCAAGAAAAGCUGCUUCCAUGCAAAGGGCUAUUUCAAGUGCUGGGCGGGUUUACAGUCGUAGAGAGUUGUUGAUUCUAGGAGCAGUCAAGCGGCUUGUGUCUAUAAAUGCUGUUGGUUUCUUGAGAGUUAGAGGGACUGGACAAGCUGCAUCUGGUAACCAAGUCAUGGUUCCAUUUGAUGAUACCAGAAUUCAUCCGGAGUCAUAUUGGCUGGCCAAGAAAAUGGCUAGGGAUGUAUAUUGUAAAGAUGUGGGGCAGGAUAUAGAUGACAUGGAUGAAGCACAACAAAAGAUGGCAAUUGAACAUGUCAAAAGUCAUCCACAUCUGCUGAAGGCCCUUGAUAUUAAUGACUAUGCUAAAAAUGUGGAAAAACAAUCAGACAAUAAAAGAUGGGAAACCCUUUGUGACAUUAAGUUUGAACUGCUCUGUGGAUUUCAGGAUUGGCGACUGCCAUAUAGACAGCCAGAUGAGGAUGAGCAAUUUCUUAUGCUUACGGGAGAAAAUGAAGAAACACUUGCAGAGGGGAAGAUUGUACAAGCAACUGUUCGGAGAGUUCUCGAUCAACAUGUUAUUUGUAAUCUGGAAUCAGGCAUAACAGGAAGGAUUGUAAAGGACGAUCUUUCUGAUGAUACAUGCAUAGUUCAUGUGGAAAAGAUCACAGAAGGUAGCAUUCUUAUCUGUCGGGUGAAAAGUGUACAGAAAGCAAGAUACUUGGUUGAGUUGACAUGCAAACUGAAUGAGUUGAGUGAUCAGUUUCAAAGUAGACAGGAAAGGGAUUUUUAUUAUGCAGAAGACGUAUCCAUUAUACAAAGUGAACAAGAGAAAGCACGGAAAGAAAAGGAGCACACAAAGAAAUCAUUCAAACCUCGGAUGAUUGCACACCCGCAAUUCCAGAAUAUUUCUGAAAGUGAUGCCAUUAAGAAUCUUUCAGAUAAGGAUGCAGGAGAAAGCAUCAUUCGUCCGAGUCCGAAAGGGCCAUCCUAUCUGACAUUAACAUUGAAAGUAUGGGAUAGAGUUUAUGCUCACAAAGAUAUUGUUGAGGGAGGCAAAGAUCACAGGAAUUUUGCAGGCUUCCUUCAACUUGGGAAAACUCUUUCAAUCGGCGAGGAGACUUUUGAAGGUCUUGAUGAGGUCAUAGCUAGAUAUGUAGAUCCACUAGUAAGCAAUUUGAAAGCAAUUCUUGCUUACAGGAAAUUCAGAAGGGGUACAACAGAAGAAAUUGACGAAGCAUUGCAAAAAGAAAGAAAUGAAAGCCCAGAAAUAAUUCCUUUCUGUGUAUCUGUUUCACAUGAAUAUCCUGGUGCUUUUGUACUUUCCUAUGUUAAGAGUAAUACUCAUCAUGAGUAUUUUGGGUUAUAUCCUAAAGGUUUUAAGUUCAGAAAGAGAAUGUUUGAUAAUCUUGACAAUCUUGUUGCCUAUUUCCAAAAACAUAUUAAUGAUCUCGUUGAAGAUUCAAUUCCCCCAAUAAGGUCUGUUGCGGCAAUGGUUCCCAAGAAAAGCCUAGGUCCAGGUCAAUCUGCAGGAGGGAGGGAUUUUGGCUGGCAGGGUCACACUGGUAUAGAUCGUGAAAGGUCAUCAGCACCAGGCUUUAGAAAAGGUGGAACCAGUUUCGAUAGGCAACCAAAUGGUCGAGGUAGGGGAAAGCGUGGAGGUGGUGGUAGUUGGAAUGAGGGAAGAGGAGAUGGUGGUAGGGGUGGUAGUUGGAACAAGGGAAGGGGAGGUGGUGGUAGGAGUGGUAGUUGGAAUGAAGGAAGAGGAGAUGGUGGUAGGGGUGGUAAUUGGAAUGAGGGAAGGGGAGGUGGUGGUAGGGGUGGUAGUUGGAAUGAAGGAAAAAAGAGUGGUGGUAGGGUCAGUGACAGUAUGGAUAGUGGUUGGGGGGGAGGCAGUGGUGGUGGCAUUACAGAUGGUGGGUGGGGUGGAGGUGGUAGUGGUGGCAUUACGGACGGUGGCCGGAAUGAAGGAAGAGGGAGUGGUGGCAGGGUCAAUGACAGUAUGGAUGGUGGUUGGGGUGGAGGUGAUGGUGGCAUUACAGAUGCUGGGUGGGGUGGAGGUGGCAGUGGUGGUAGCAUAGAUAGUGGUUGGGGUGCAGGGGGGGGUGGUGGGAAAAGUACAGAUAGUGGUCAGGGUGGAGUAAAUGUAGAUAGUGGUUGGGGUGGAGGAAGAGGUGGUGGUAGUGAACAAGCAGGUGGUGGCAGUGGGGAAGAUAAUGGGAGUGAAGGAAGAAUUGGUGGUACAGAUGGUGGUUGGGGUGGAACAGGUGGUGGGGGAAGUACGGAUGGUGGUUGGGGUGGUGGAGGUGGUGGGGGAAGUACAGAUGGUGGUUGGGGAGGAGGUGGAGGUGGAGGUGGAGGUGGUGGGGGAAGUACAGAUGGUGGCUGGGGUGGAGGCAGAAGCGGUGGAAGUAUGGAUGGUGGUGGGGGAAGUACAGAUGGUGGUUGGGGUGGAGGUGGAGGUGGGGGAAGUACAGAUGGUGGAGGCGGUGGAUGUAGGGAUGGUGGUUGGGGUGGAGGUGGAGGUGGUGGAAGUAGGGAUGGUGGUUGGGGUGUAGGUGGAGCUAUGAAUGGUGGUGGUGGAGGUGGAGGUGGUGGAAGUACGGAUGGUGGUUGGGGUGGAGGCAGAGGUGGUGGGCGAAGUAGGGAUGGUGGUUGGGGUGGAGGCAGAGGUAGAGGUGGAAAUAGGGAUGGUGGUUGGGGUAGAGGAGGCAGAGGGGGGAGAAGUAUGGAUGGUGGUUGGGGUAGAGGAGGAGGCGGUGGCAAUGGAGAAGGUGGUAGGAGUGAAGGGAGAGGUGGUGGAUUUGGAAGGAACAGGAAUGAGGGUAGAUUUGGAAGUAACAGAGGUAGGUGGAGUGAGGAUAAGGGGAAUAGAUGGGGAAGAAAUAGUGGGAGAGGUAGAGGUAGAGGUUCUGGAAUGGGAGGUCUUGAGUCAACUUUUGACACUAGACAGAGACAAUGUUCUAACAGUAACACUAAUUAUGGCAUCUUUAGCCACAAACAAGAAAGUGAUGCAUGGGGAUCGAAAGCAGAUGAAUGGGGUAGCAAUUCUGGCAACAGCAAUUCAAAAUCUACUGCUAGAGCAGAGUGGAUAUCAGACUCGGGAGAAAAUGGGAAGAACAAACAGGGUAACGAUGGUUGGGAUGCUGACAAGCUGAGUAAAGGUUUUAAACAAGAAAGUGAUGCAUGGGGAUCAAAAGCAGAUGAAUGGGGUAGCAAUUCUGGCAACAGCAAUUCAAAAUCUCCUUCUAGAGCAGAGUGGAUUUCAGACUCGGGAGAAAAAGGGAAGAACAAACAGGGUAACGAUGGGUGGGAUGCUGGCAAGCCGAGUCAAGGUUGGAAUUCUUCGACAGUUAGUGACAUAGAUGCUGCGUCAAAGGAUAAAACAAGUGGAUGGGACACUGUCAAUAAAACUGGUAGCGAUGAGAUGUCAGGGGCUGAAGCAGGCAUGCCUGGUGAUGCAUGGGGUGGAACUGAAGGUGCAAAAACUAAUGAUUCAUGGUGUGUAACUGAAGCACCCAGGUCAAAUAUUGGAUCGGGAGGAAGUGGAACUGAAGGAAAGAAUGAUGAAUUGGCAAUGGAUAGAGUAGGUACGGAGAAUGAUGGAGGAGCAUGUGGUUGGGCCAAAGAUUCCGAUGGAUGGGGUCAGGCAAUGGCAGGUGGUAGUGUCAAUGCUGGUGGUAGUGGCUGGGGGUCGUAGAAAGAAGGCAUCGGUAAACAAUGCCAGGUCAUACAGGUGUUUGUUGAGUCUGUUGUAAUGUCGUCAAUGUCUACUGAACUAUCUGGGGGUAGUUUGAGCUCUUGGAAAACUGAAAAGAAAUUGUGGUAUGAAAGUUUGAAACCAUUGAAAGGUGUUUUCUAUGAAUUUUACUCUGGGGAUCUGUAAAUUAUUCACGUAUAGGGAUCUGGAAACUGCCGUCAUUUGAGGAGACAUUGUCUUUUGAACCACUUGUAAGACAUUAAAAUUUGAAAAUCUUAUGUCUUUUUUUUGGUACA